GAAUCUGCUUGACUCGGGAGAAUAAACAAUAACGUGUUUCUGUAUGUUUCCACGGAGAUUUGGUUUGAUUGAAUAUAUUUUCCCACUAAAUAUUGAUUUGUAUAGCAUUACAGAUUAAUGGAUGACAUUGGCACAAAACAACUUUUUUAACAUUGGAUACAUCUGGAAUAUUUACCAAUGUUCUAAAGAUUAAAAGAAAAUGUUUUAGAGAACAAAUAUAAUAACCCAACUGCUAUAAAUCUAGACUGGAAUUACUGUGAACUAUUUGCUCUGAGUGAAGAUUCAUAGCACCAUUUCUGCAUCUCAUUAUCUGCUGCUUUUGCAUUCUAAUUAUAUAUUUGGAAAAGAGUUUGCAGAAUUUUAGGUAACAAUAAAUUCACAGUUGAUAGCAGUUGAAAUAUUUCUAAGAAAUAAAUUAAUACAAGAAUGAGAAGAAGGAAAUUAUAUGCUUUGGUGAGAGAAGAAGGAUAAGGGAAAAAUGUUAAUACUGUGAGAAACUUCAAUGGUUGGGUCUGUUUGUAUCCCUUAGAGAAAUGUCAAAAGAAUUGGGAAAAUCACAACAUAGUUGUGAAAUCUGCGGUAAACCAUUCUCAACAAAUAGUAAGUUAAUUAAUCACAUUCGUGUUCAUACAGGUGAGAAGCCAUUCCACUGUGAUACCUGUGGUAAAUCCUUCUCUCAAAACGGUGCCUUAAUUAACCACAGACGAACUCACACUGAAGAGAGGCGAUAUCACUGUGUUACCUGUGGUAAAUCAUUCUCUCUAAACAGUACCUUAGAUAAACACAUACGUAUUCAUACAGGAGAGAGACCAUAUCACUGUGAGAUCUGUGGUAAAUCAUUCUCUGAAAACAAUGCCUUAACUAUUCACAAACGUAUUCAUACUGGAGAGAAGCCAUUUCACUGUGAUACCUGUGGUAAAUCAUUUUCUCAAAAGUAUGCCUUAACUAAUCAUAAGCGUAUUCAUACAGGAGAGAGACCAUACUACUGUGAUAUCUGCAGCAAGGCAUUCAUUCAGAAUACCCACUUAAGCCGACACAAACGUAUUCAUACUGGAGAGAAGCCAUUUCACUGUGACACCUGUGGUAAAUCAUUCUCUCAAAACAACACCUUAACUAUUCACAAACGUAUUCAUACUGGAGAGAAGCCAUUUCACUGUGACACCUGUGGUAAAUCAUUCUCUCAAACCAAAGCCUUAACUAAUCACAAACGUAUUCAUACUGGAGAGAAACCAUAUCACUGUGAUAUCUGUGGUAAAUCAUUCUCUCAAAACAGUGACUUAUCUAAGCACAAACGUAUUCAUACAGGUGAAAAGCCAUUUCGCUGUGAUACCUGUGGUAAAUCAUUCUAUCAAAGCACUGCCUUAGGUAAUCACAUACGUAUUCACACAGGAGAGAGGGCAUACCAUUGUGUUAUCUGUGGUAAAUCAUUUGCUCAAAACAGUGAAUUAUCUAAACACACACGUAUUCAUACAGGAGAGAAGCCAUUUCACUGUGUUACAUGUGGUAAAUCAUUCUAUCAAAACAGUGCCUUAGCUAAUCACAUACGUAUUCACACAGGAGAGAGACCAUAUCACUGUGAUAUCUGUGGCAAAGCAUUCACUGAAAAUACUCACUUAAGAAGACAUAGACCUAUUCACACAGGAGAGAGACCAUAUCAUUGUGGUACAUGUGGUAAAUCAUUCUCUCAAAACAGUGCCUUAACUAAUCACAAACGUAAUCAUACAGGAGAGAGAACAUUCCACUGUGAUACCUGCGGCAAAUCAUUCUUUCAAGACAGUGCCUUAACGAAUCACAAACGCAUUCAUACAGGUGAGAGACCAUAUCACUGUGAUAUCUGUGGUAAAUCAUUUUUGCGAAGUAGUGGCUUAACUACACACAAAUUUAUACACACAGGAGAAACACCCUACCACUGUGAUGUCUGUGGUAAAUCAUUCUCAUACAAAAGUAACUUAACUAGACAUGCAUCUAUUCAUGUGAAAGUUGCCUUAAUUAACCACAGACGUACUCACACAGGAGAGAGACCGUAUCACUGUAUUACCUGUGGUAAAUCAUUCUCAGUAAACAAUGCCUUAACUACACACAUACGUAUUCAUACAGGAGAGAGACCAUAUCACUGUGGUAUUUGUGGCCAGGCAUUCACUCUGAAUGCCCACUUAAUCCGUCACAAACGUAUUCAUACAGAACAAGAAGGUGGUGAGAGACGAAGGAUAAGCGACAAAAUUUAUUACUGUGAGAAACUUCAAGGGUUGGGUCUGUUUGUAUCCCUAAGAGAAAUGUCAAAAGAAUUAGGAAAAUCACAACAUUGUUGUGAAAUCUGUGGUAAAUCAUUCUCUGCAAACAAUCAAUUAAUGAAACAUAAACGUAUUCAUACAGGGGAGAGACCAUAUCACUGUGUUACCUGUGGCAAAUCAUUCUCUCAAAACAGUCAAUUAACUACACACAAACGUAUUCAUACAGGAGAGAGGCCAUUUCACUGUGUUACCUGUGGCAAAUCAUUCUCUCAAAACAGUCAAUUAACUACACACAAACGUAUUCAUACAGGAGAGAAGCCAUUUCACUGUAUUACCUGUGGUAAAUCAUUCUCUGUGAACAGUACCUUAACUACACACAAACGUAUUCAUACAGGAGAGAAACCAUUUCACUGUGAUACUUGUGGUAAAUCAUUCUCUGAAAGCACUGGCUUAUCUAAGCACAAACUUAUUCAUACAGGUGACAAACCAUUUCACUGUGAUAUCUGCGGUAAAUCAUUCUCUGCAAACAGAAACUUAACUAAUCACAUUCGUGUUCAUACAGGUGAGAAGUCAUUUCACUGUGUUACCUGUGGUAAAUCAUUCUAUCAAAGCAGUGCCUUAACAAAACACAGACUUAUUCACACGGGAGAGAGACCAUAUGACUGUGAUAUCUGUGACAAGACAUUCACUGAAAAUAGUAACUUAAGAAGACACAGACGUAUUCACACAGGAGAGACACCAUUUCACUGUGAUGUCUGUGGUAAAUCAUUCUCUGUAAACAGUACCUUAACUACACACAAACGUAUUCAUACAGGAGAAAAGCCAUUUCAUUGUGAUACCUGUGGUAAAUCAUUCUCUGAAAACAGUGCCUUAACUACACACAAACGAAUUCACACACAAGAGAAACCAUAUCACUGUGAUAUCUGUGGUAAAUCAUUCUCUGAAAAUAGUCACUUAAGCAGUCACAAAUAUAUUCAUACAGGAGAGAGACCGUAUCACUGUGUUACGUGUGGUAAAUCAUUCUCUGUAAGCAGUCACUUAACUAAACACAAACGUAUUCAUACAGGAGAGAGGCCAUAUCACUGUGUUUUCUGUGGUCAGUCUUUCUCUCAAAGCUGUCAAUUAACUAAUCACAAACGUAUUCAUACUGGAGAGAGGCCAUUUCACUGUGAUAUCUGUGGUAAAUCGUUCUCUGUAAACAGUACCUUAACUACACACAAACAAAUUCAUACAGGUGAGAAGCCCUUUCACUGUGUUACCUGUGGUAAAUCAUUCUCUCUAAAUAGUACCUUAACUACACACAAACGAAUUCAUACAGGUGAGAAGCCAUUUCACUGUGACACCUGUGGUAAAUCAUUCUCUCACAGAAGUACCUUAAAUGCACAUGCAUCUAUCCAUUUGAAAGAGUGAUUGUAUCCUUGACCCCUUGACAGUAACCAUACUUAUCAUGUUUACCCCUUCUGAUAUUUUUUUUACUGCCAGAUGCCCUUUCUUAUGUCAACAAAAUCAGCCAAUUUAGUAGAUUCUUCCAUGGCAUUCACAGAGUUUAGUUGGAGAAGAGUUGCUCCAUUCUGAAAAUAACUUGUAAACAUCAAUUUAUUUAUAGUAAAAAAAAAAAGGUAUCUGAAUGUGAUAACUAGCUGCUAUCACUACAUUUUAUUUAUCCAGUGUUACAAUGUUGUAUUUCGAGUAUAAACAUGCUCUCUCACACACACACACACAUAUAUAUAUAUAACAUACUUCAAGGAUAGAGGGAAGAUACUAUCAUUAUAUUUAAUGUCGUUGGUAAAUAAUAAUGUGGUAAGCUGGCAGAAUUGUGAGGAUGUCUGGUAAAAUGCUUAUCAGCAUUUCAUCCAUGUUUAUAAAGUUAUGGAAAGAAACAAAGGAAGGGACCAAGUUGAAGAUUGUGUUUUGGAGCUGAGAAGAGAAGGAAAGACAGGGGAAAUGUUCCUCACACUCCCAAGAAAAAGCAUAAAUUUGUGGAUAAACCAUUUCUCGCAUUUGUGGAGAGCUUUGUGAAAAAAAUCAACCUAGGAGCCUUAUGAAUGAGGAGAAAGUGGCUAUUCUCUCUGUAGAAGUCAAAUUUUGUCAUAAACAUGUUGUGCUGCACAAUAAUAAAAGACCUGGAUGAACGUAGAAGAAUGCAGAUGCCAUGAACUGUACUGCAAAUGUCCUCGGUCAAUGUAAUAAGCUUUGCAAUGACAUCUUUACCAAAUUUGUUGAGACUGGAGACAUUUUGGUGCAGAAGAUGGCUGGGAAUCAUAAUCCAAAGACUUCAGUAGAUCAUCCUGAUCUUCUUCUAAAUCUAAAUUGGUGAUUCAAUACUGUUGCUCUUUAAAUAUUCACAGAGAUUUUUCUCUGGUGGAUAUCUAUACCACUGAUAUUGUUUGGAAGACCUUAGAAAUUCUGUGAUGGUGAUGGUGUUCAAAAUACAUGAAACCAAUUCCAAGACAGACAUUCAUCUCAGUGGAAUCCCCUCAUUUCACCUGGACUGUCACUCAUUAAUUAAUGGAUGACAUUGGCACAAAACAACAUUUUUAACAUUGGAUACAUCUGGAAUAUUUAUCAUGUCUUAAAGACUAAAAGAAAAUGUUUUAGAAAACAAAUAUAAUAACCCAACUGCUAUAAAUCUAGACUGGAAUUACUGUGAAAUAUUUGCUCCGAUUGAAGAUUCCUAGAAACAUUUCUGCAUCUCAUUAUCUGGUGUUUUUGCAUUCUAAUUAAACUUGAAUAUAAUUGCAAAGGAGUUUGCAGAAUUUUAGAUAUCAAUAAAAUCACAGUUGAUAGCAGUUGAAAUAUUUCUAAGGAAUAAAUUAUAAGAAUAAGAAGAGAAAGGAAAUUACAUGCUGUGCUGUGAGACAAAAGAUAAGGGAAAAAUGUUAAUACUGUGAGAAACUUCAAUGGUUGGGUCUGUUUGUAUCCCUCAGAGAAAUGUCAAAAGAAUUGGGAAAAUCACGACAUAGUUGUGAAAUCUGUGGUAGAUCAUUCUC